GCUAAAAUUCCAAACCCUAAAGUAAAUAUUCCCAGAUACAGAAAAGCCUAACCAGACGGAAGGGAUCUUCAAUGGCGUCGACGGAGAAGCGAUGCUACUACGAAGUCCUCGGCCUGAGCCGCGAUUGCACAGCCGACGAAAUUCGAUCGGCGUAUAAGCGUCUCGCCCUCCAGCGCCACCCGGACAAGCUCGUCAAAGGUGGCGUCCCGGAGGCCGAGGCCACGGCCGCUUUCCAGGAGCUUGUCAACGCCUACGAGGUCUUAUCCGACCCUAAGGAGCGGGCCUGGUACGACUCCCACCGGAACCAAAUCCUCUUCUCCUCCGGUUCCGGUGACGGAGGGUCUUCUGAUUUCGUGCCUGAUUUGUUUUCCUUCUUCUCCAAUUCGGUUUAUUCUGGAUACUCGGACUCUGGACGGGGGUUUUAUAAGGUGUACGGGGAUCUAUUCGAGAAGAUUUAUGCUAAUGAGUUGAGUUUUGCGAAGAAAUUAGGGUUGCCGUUGCCGAGAGAAGCCCCGGUCAUUGGCAAUUUGGGGAGUCCUUAUGCUCAGGUUACAGCAUUCUACAACUACUGGUUGGGAUUUGUGACCACAAUGGACUUCUUUUGGGCAGAUCAAUAUGAUGUUAUGGCAGGUCCCAAUAGGAAAUCGAGGAGGUUGAUGGAGGAGGAGAAUAAGAAAUUGAGGAAAAAAGCAAAGAGAGAGUACAAUGAGACGGUGAGGGGACUGGCUGAGUUUGUGAAAAAGCGGGAUAAGAGAGUGAUUGAUAUGCAAAUAAAACGGAAUGAGGAGAAUGAGAGGAAAAAAGAGGAAGAAAAACAAAGAAAGAAAGAGUUGGAGAGACAGAAAGCAGAAAUGGCAAGAAAAUAUGAGGAGCCAGAUUGGGCGAAAGUGGAGGAGCUGAAUGAAGAUGAGAAUGAGGACGAUGAUAUAGAAGAAAGGAAAAAUGAAUUAUAUUGUGUAGUAUGCAGAAAGAAGUUCAAGAGUGAUAAGCAGUGGAAAAACCACGAACAGUCUAAGAAACAUAAAGAAAAGGUAGCAGAACUGAGGGAAGCAUUCAGCGAGGAGGAUAAAGAAUUUGAAGCUACGCAAGGCCAUGGAAACGGGGUGGAGGAUGAAGAUGAUAAUGGAGACGCUGCCGCUUAUUUGUCAGUAGACGACACUGUGAAUGAGUUACAGGAGCAAUUUGAGGAUGGCGUUGAUCUCCAUGAAGAUGACAUUGACGAUGGAAAAACUGAGUCUAGUGAGGUAAAUGAGUUUGCUGAUGAUAAAGAUGACAACCAGAAGCAUAUUGAUGCAGAUCCGAGAUUAGAUGAUGAUGACGAGGCAAGUGUUCUUGAGGCUAUGUUGUCUGGGCAUAAGAAUAGGAGCAAAGCAGGGAAUCAACCAAAGGCUUCGGCUAAGAAACUCCAACCAGAGGUUGAUAGUGAUGACUUGGAGGCGAUGGAAUUGAAUGAACUGAGGGGUUCACGGAAGAACAGAGGAAACAGGAGGCGUAAGGGUAGACGACAAGAAGAAGAAGAAGAAGAUGAAGAAGCAGAACCGGUAAAAAAAGGUGGGGCGACACAGAAAAAUGAUGAGGCUGAAAGACAUGAUGAACAAUAUAAUGAUGCAGCGGAGUUAAGUUCCCAUUCAUUGCCAGAAUUUGAUGCUAGGAAGAGAGCUGAUGAUGCUGCAGAAAAUGUUCUUAAGCAUCCACAGAAAGCUGUGAACAAGAAAAAUACGACGAAGAAGGAAAUUGUUUCAAAGUCAAAGACUGCACCCAAAGGAAGAAAACAAAAGGGAGCAGAAAAUAGUUCCAGCAACACAUGUGAGAAGUGCGGUGUGGAGUUUGAAUCAAAGAACAAACUGCACAAACAUUUGGGGGAAACUGGUCAUGCUUCAAUAAAAUCACGGUGAUGUUUCGAUUUCUUAGUAGUAAAGAAACUUGUAUGUUCUUCCUCAACUGGUGCCACUUUUAGCUCUCCGGUGGCAAUGAGUUAACAUCCCAUUCUUUCUCUGGUGUGGAUUAAGCAUUGCCAUGUUCACGUCAGAUUGCAAUCAUUGAUUCCGUCAUGAAUUUACUUGUCUGCCCAGGUAUUUUCCUGAUUUUCUCAGACAAGGCUUCACACUUGAAAAGGAUUAUAUAUAUAUAUAUAUAUACACACACCAAUCUUUUAUGCUUUUUUGCAUCGUGAAUUGCAAAUUUUGACGGCAAUUGAAAAACCAGCAUUUACUAGAAGUGAUAUAGGCUUAGAUUUAUUGUAACUAUGCUGCUGUUGAAUAUGUCGAGUUAUACUUACCUGUGGAAAUAAUUGAUCCCAUCGGAUGUGGGACUUUAAAAAUUGUUGAAAAUAUUCGAGUUUUGAAAUUUAGAAAGUUGCAUUUCUCGCUAGGCUUGUUUUCAUUGCUGAGAAGUUCUUCGAGUCUGUAGACAUUAUAUCAUUAGUGCCUAUAUAUAUAUAUAUUUUGUUUGGUU